AUAAAUGAUUCAGUCGUACUUCAGCUUUAAACGGCAAAGCACGUUCCAGUCUCGUUGCGAUCAAUCAACUUGUUGUUAACAAAACAAAAUAGCUAUGGCCUUCAACAAAGAUGAAAUGCACGCACCGACUUGGUUGAAUGAUAGGUUUCUGGAAAAGGCUCUGAAACAAUCGGAGAACGACUCGGCAUUAGUUGUGACAGAAUAUAAAAUUGUACCCGGUAGCCGCCCGGGUGAUCAUUAUGCGAGUAUCAUCUUUCGUGCUAGCGUUUCGUUCAAAAGCCGUGGAAAAAACAACGAAAUAUCGUUGAUCGUGAAAACCAUUCCAGAAGCUGAUGGGCUGAAGCGGGAUUUACUGAAAAAUGGUGUUGUCUUCAAGACCGAAACCAUCAUGUACACUACCGUGAUUCCUGAGAUGCAACGACUGUUCCGGUCGGUGGGUGAUGAAACGGAGCUUGGACCAAGACUUUUAUACGCGUCCAAGGAACCACAUCUAGUAAUGAUAUUCGAAGACCUAGCAAAACGCAAUUACGGUAUGAAAAACAACCAACUAGACCUGCACGAUGCUAAAAUAGCUUAUAGUAAACUGGCAAAAUGGCAUGCGGCAUCUAUGUUUCUGGCCGAUACGAUUCCGGUAAUUAAAACUCUUGAUAAAGGUAUUGGAGCUAUUGCAAACGAAGAUUUCGAAAAUAUCUGGACUGCUAAUAUUAGCCUGCUGGCUAAGGUCUGCCGCGAAUGGAGCGGAUACGAAAUGUACGGUGAUCGAGUGGACAGCCUCAAAAAGGAUAUUCAUGAAAAGAUUAAAGACAUAUACCGGUUCAAUGAAUCAACGUCAUACAAUGUGUUGAAUCAUGGAGAUUUUCACUUUAAAAAUAUGAUGUACAAAGUUGUCGAUGGAAAAACGCAAGAUAUACUUUUGCUGGAUUAUCAGGUCAGCGUGUGGGGUAGUCCUGCCAUCGACGUAAUCUACUCUCUAUACAAUAUGUGCUCUUCAGAAACAAGGGAUAACCAUCGGAACGAGUUAAUCAAAUUCUAUUAUGACCAGUUCGUGGCAUCGCUGAACAAAUUUGGAUAUCUGGGCAAAAUUCCCCCACUAAUCAAUCUUCACGUCGAAAUUCUGAAAUGUGGUCAUCUGGAAACCUUCUUAUCGGCGGCUUUCCUUCCUUUUAUGAUAUUGACGUUCGAAGAACUCAUAGGACAAGUAAACAAAGACGAAGGAUUCGAAAUGUUUGAUCCCAGCGAUCCCGAAAAGAUGACAGAGAUGAUGUUAGGCAGCUAUCGAAACCCAAAGUACGCUGCUAUAAUGCAGAAAUACCUACCGAUAUUUAUGCAUAAAGGUUUUCUGGACCUAUAGAAAAAGAAAUAUAGUGUUUUAAUGUUUUAAAGUAACACAAAUAUCUAACAUUCAAUUUAUAUCGUUCAUCAUUGUAUACAAAACAUUCGGAUAAGUCUCAUUCGCUAUCACAGUUCGUCAAUUUAGUUAGGAGAUGAGUAUUGUUGUUGAGUUCUCAUUGCAAGCAAGUUUUAAUAUUUUUUUCAUAAUAUGCAAAUUCUGUAGUUACCGAAGUAUCAUUUCUU